GUCUUCACUGGGCUGCAGCCGCAGCUCGAGGAGGCGCGCACCAACUCCGCCAGCCACGCGGGGGCGAGCGAAGCCGGCAGGCCAGUGGCAGGUGGAGGCAGCUGCAGCAGCCGCAGCGACGGCAACGGAGGCCGUGCCGCGGCAGCAGCCACAGCCGCAGCCGAGGUGGAGCUCGCGGCCCAAAGGCACGCCGACGCCGCCAAGCGCACCCCAGACGCACAGUCCGAGGCCGCCAAUGCGGCCAAGGAGGGGCAUCGCUCCACGCGCGCCCCCGCCGCGGACGGGGAAACCCUGCGCGCCGAAGGGCGCCGAGCGUUGGACGGCUCCCACGCCUCGGUCAUCGACGCGCGGGGCAACCCUUUCGCGGCGAUCCCCCUGUGGGGCUUCUCGGGAGAAGGCCGGUCUGGACGCGACCUCCAUAGGUACGCCAAACCCGGAGUGCUGCUCCACAGCUACCGCGG